AUGUCCGCAGGCAUAACGCGAAUAAUAAAAAAUUUCUUUAAAGUUGGUCCAGUAUCAUACUGGCGACAACUCCAACAUAUUGGAGACACAAAGGCAGGAACGUUAGUUGGUGUUGAUCAGUUUGGAAACAAGUAUUACGAGAAUAAAGAGGAAAUUUAUGGGAGAGACAGAUGGGUAGAAUAUGGAGGAACAUUAUACAAAGAUGCAUACGAAGAUGCCAGUAUGAUUCCAUCUGAAUGGCAUCGAUGGAUUCAUAAAUUAACCGAAUACCCACCAACAGUUGAACCAGCCGCCAACCCCACAUUCAAAGCCACACACAAACCGAAUUUUACAGGCACCGACAAAGCGUACAAACCGUAUAACACUACUGCACCAAAGUAUCAUAGUUGGGAGCCAAAAAACAUUACGCGUAAAUUGACUCGGAAUCUCAAUAAACUUCUAACUCGCGUUGCUCCUAUUUCUAACCGCAAUUUCACUACUACUUGUCUAUGCGCACAUGAAAAUCCUCUGGGAAUUCCGCUAUCACCAGGACAGCCAUCACCAGCAUUCCUGGAAAAAAUGAGAAAAGGUCUGCCCACCAAACAAAGAAUAGAAGGGAUUAAACAUGUGAUUGCUAUCGCAUCAGGAAAAGGCGGAGUUGGCAAAUCUACGGUUGCUGUUAAUCUUGCGUUAGCUGUCGCCUCGUUGUGGAGAAAACGUGUCGGAAUCUUGGAUGCCGAUAUUUUCGGACCUUCGAUUCCACGACUAAUGAAUUUGAAUGGUGAACCAAAUAUGACAAAUAAAGGGCAGUUGAUUCCUUUAACUAAUUAUGGAGUGAAGUGUAUGUCGAUUGGAUUCUUGGUGUCGCAAAAUUCACCUGUAGUUUGGCGUGGUUUAAUGGUUAUGAAAGCUUUACAGCAGUUGAUUCAUCAAGUCUUUUGGGAUGAAUUGGACCUUUUGGUGAUUGACAUGCCACCUGGCACUGGAGACGUACAGUUGACUAUCACCCAACAGAUACUUGGAAUCGUGCAAAACAUGUCGGUCUUUAUUUGCCCAACCUGCCAACAAAAGACACACAUUUUUGGAACCGAUGGUGUAUUGAAAGUCGCCAAAGAAAUGGAUCUUGAGAUGCUCGGUGAUAUACCAUUACACACCGAAAUUUGCGAACUAUCCGAUCGUGGUCAACCGAUUGUUAUAGCAAAGCCCGAGAGCAUUCAAGCUCAAUACUACAAGGAUAUUGCGGGUAAGGUGUCAUCGAAAUUGGACAAUCCACCUCACGAUUGA